CAUCAUCACACGACGACAACCUUAGAAGAAAGUGAAACAUUCUACCAUGAAUAAGUUGUUCAUCGUGUUUGCUCUGGUUGGAGCGAUUAUCGCUGCUCCCACGCAGAACGCCGAGUCUUACGGGGUUAUCAAGUGUUUUGAUGAGUUGCUCGUGUCCUUUGAACCAAUAAAUGUGAAAGAAUUGGUUGCCGACGCCCGUCAGACCAUUGGAUAUCUGCUUGAACGGUACCGGUACUGUCAGGAGAUCCCGCGUGAUGAUCCCCCGACCCACCUGCAGGAAAUUAAAAUUGAAGCAUGUGAAAAAGCAUGGCAACUGACCGUGGCCAUCGAGUUGGCUCGACUUUCGACAGCACUGAACCAACACACCGAAAAGAGGCGCGAUUUGGUUGCUGAGUUUUCAGAGUGUUCGGGAAUUUCGUUUGAUUGA